UGUACUGGCAAUCUGCAAUUUCUCGACUGACAUUUCAAUGAAUGACGUCAUGUCAUUUUCUGUCAAUCAUUUCUUUCAUUCAUCAUCACCAAUCAGUUGUGAAAAUGGCGUUAAUAAUGUCGUUUGUGUCGGUUGCGGUAUCGAUAUUGUACACACCGUUUCUUCUGCUAAUAUUGUGUGUGAUAUUCUUGGCUUCCAUUGGAAAAUCCCUCGGUGUGAGGAGGCUGUAUGUCAACAUACUGCUGAAGCUAUUCGAGUAUGGCCGCCAACACAUCGAGGUCGCCAAGAAGGUGCACCGCAGCGACAGCUCCGACGAGGAGGAGGAGCCACCCGUGCCUGACGACAAGCCACCGUCAGCCAUCAUCAAGGAGAACGGCAGCAACGGCUCGACCAAGAUGACGGUGAUCGAACGGGAAGAGAUCCUGGGACCGUCCCCGGAGCUGAACUACAAGCGCAGCAGCAGCCAGGAGCGAGUGCAGAACGGACACAAAAGCCCCGAGGAGAGGGUGAGCCUGGAGUUCAACCUGUCGCACUGCCUGGACCUGGUGAAGGCGGGCAUGGAGUCCAUCAUCGAGGAUCAGGUCACUUCGGUGUUCGAGGCUGAGGAGUUGCGGAGCUGGAACUUGCUCACUAGGACUAACAGACAAUACGAGUUCCUGACGUGGCGGCUGACCAUAAUCUGGGCGAUGGGUUUCAUCGUGCGGUACAUGUUCCUGCUGCCCCUAAGGAUCAUGAUCUUCGUCAUCGGGAUAUGGUGGUUGUUGACGACGACGGCGGCGGUGGGGCUCCUCCCCUCGGGCGGGGUGAAGCAGCGCACCAAUCGCUGCGCGUCGCUGGUGUGCUUCAACUUCCUGUCGCGCUGCAUCUCGGCGGUGAUCAGCUACCACGACGCGCACAACCGGCCGCGGGGCGGCAUCUGCGUCGCCAACCACACCAGCCCCAUCGACGUGCUCGUGCUCAUGUGCGACAACGGAUACUCGCUGAUUGGUCAGCGGCAUGGGGGAUUCCUAGGGCUCCUCCAGCGAGCCCUGGCGAGGGCUUCGCCCCACAUUUGGUUCGAGAGGUCGGAGGCUAAGGACAGACACGCAGUCGCCAAAAGACUGAAGGAACACAUCUCGGUGCCUGGCAACCCUCCCAUCCUGAUCUUCCCUGAAGGCACCUGCAUCAAUAACACUUCCGUGAUGCAGUUCAAGAAGGGAAGCUUCGAAGUAGGCGGCACCAUCUACCCGGUCGCCAUCAAAUACGACCCACGUUUCGGCGACGCGUUCUGGAACAGUUCCCGGUACGGCAUGCUGCACUACCUGCUCAACAUGAUGACGUCGUGGGCCAUCGUGUGCGACGUGUGGUACCUGCCCCCCAUGCACCGACACACCCACGAGUCCGCCGUCGACUUCGCCAACCGGGUCAAGGCGGUCGUGGCCCGGCGGGGGGGGCUCGUCGACCUGCAGUGGGACGGCCAGCUGAAAAGAAUGAAGGCGAAGAAAGAAUGGCGCGAACUACAACAGGAGGAGUUCAGUAAAAGACUAAAAGGGGAAUAGACAUUACGAUUGUGUACAAAUAACAGUGAAUAAAGUGACAGUGAUAUAAACACGUACUACGAGUGAUUUAGUGUUGUGAUGAAACAAGAUGGCCGUUGUUGUGUAUCGGUGUUGCCAGACGAAAAAAAAAUCCCCGGCCAAGUGCGAUUCGGACAAGCGCAAGGGGUUACUUACAAAGUACAUAGUGAAUCGGCGUGAUCAGUGUUUGUGGUUUAAAUACAGCAUGAUAUGGGAUAUUGUAUAUCAAAAUUUCACAUUCCUAAAUAGUUUCCGUUUUGAUAUAGACCCCAUAAAAAAUAGGGUACAAAACUGACACUCUGACAGAUCCCUAUUCCUUUGUUUUUA